AUGACCGCAACCAGCUUGCGCUCGUCCGCGUCUGUGGGUUUCUGGGGCCCACCUACGUCCACCAUCGACUGGUGCGAGAACAACUACGAGUACAGCUACUACAUCGCUGAGUUUUGGAACACCAUCAGCAACUCGCUGUUCGUACUUCUUGGGCUUUACGGCCUCUAUCGCAGCAUUAAGAUGGGUUUUGAGCCUCGUUUUCACUUGCAAUUUAUCGGCGUAAUGGUCACUGGCUUUGGGUCUGCCAUGUUCCACGGCACCCUACAGCACGUAUACCAACAGUGCGACGAGACGCCCAUGGUCUGGUCCAUUUUGGCGUGGAUUUACAUUGUGUACAACAACGAGAUCGAACAAAUCCCCGUCAAGAACGCUAAUAACUAUGUGAUCGCCUUCCUGACCACAAUAGGCGCCAUUUUUACGGUAGUACACGCCAUCUAUCGGUUCACCACAGUCUUUCAAGUGUUUUUCGGGAUUUUGGCGGUGAUGGGUGCUGGGCGGUUGUGUAUGCACUACGCUGAGGUGAAAGAUCCGAGAGCUCGUGCGGUGGCGAGGUCAUACGUGACGUCAAGCCUCAUUGGCUUCGCGUUCUGGCUCAUGGAUUAUCACUACUGCCACAUUGUCCGUGGAUUGCCCGUGAACUCGCAAGGCCACGCCUUGUGGCACAUAUUUAUGGGCAUAUCGACGUACCAUGGCCCGAUCUUCAUGCAGUAUGUGCGAAUGGAGCAGCUCAAGAAGAAAGUCCGCAUUCACGACACGUGCAUUGGCAUUCAGACUAUUGUCGUGGACAAUAACGGACCGGGCAGCCCUAAGAAGCCUAAGCAACUUUAA